CAUCCCCGUCGUCGCUGUCGGAUUGCGAUCCGUUUUUUGCUGAGUCGCUUCUUUUUUCUCCGUGCUGCGGUCAGGUGCGUGAGUGAGUGUCUCGCGGAGUUCUUCGCCUGGAGGAAUCGGGAUUCGGCCAUGUAUCGCUUGCUAGUGCAGAAAACGGUCCUGAACGGGGCCAAGCGUCAGAGCAACCAUGUUCUGCGUAGCCUCAGCACAAGAGGAGGAGUUCCGGAGUUUCGGGAAGCCGGUUUCGGCAAGGUGCUGGUUUUGCUGUCGCCGUUCCUGAUCGGCGGAGGAGUGGUGACCUACGCCAAAUACGACAACGAGUUCCGCAAGACGCUAGUCAGCAACGUACCGGCGUUGGAACCGGUGCUGAAGGUGUUGCUGCAGGAAGAAAACCCGCUGGACGAUGUUACGAAGAAGCUGGACGAAAUUUCCAGCACCAUCAGCGGUUACACCUCGAGCAUCACCGGAUUCUUCACCGGUGGCGAGUCGGAGAAGCAACCGGAGAAAAAGCCCGACCUGCCACCGAUGACCCGUUCCAAGUCGGUUCACGUGCCCGUUCCAUCUCCACCAAUGCCCAAGCCGGAACCAAUUGUGGAAAAGUCCAGCACACCGGCAAAGUCGGCUCCUGUCGUAGAGAAAGCAAAGCCCGCACCGGUCACGAAACCAGCGGCAGCGGCUCCCAAGGCCGCAGCUCCGGCAGCAGCUGCCGCCACCGCGGCAUCCGCUCCCAAACCGAUCUCGGCUAGUCACGGUGAAGAAGUGCCCAAGUCGAUCAGCGAGCUCGAGCGUCAAAUCGAUAUCGCCGCUGCAACGGCCAUCAAAGAGUACGGCAAGGCCGUCCAGGUGCUGAAGGCUUACACGGAGGAGGUGAAGAAGGUCGUCGAUGAAUCCGUCGACAAGCUGGACACGACGAGCUGGGUGUUGCUGCGUAAUCGUACCAGUGCCCGGGACAGCGCGCUGAAGGCCGCUGAGGAUGCCGCCGAAGAUGCUCGCGAGAACAUUGAAAAGCUGCACCGUCUGCUGGACAGCAAGGACAUCAAGUGUUCCGACGAGCUUAAGGGCAAGGCCCGCGAAAACAUCGCCGCCUAUUUGGAACAUCUGAAGAAGGCCAAGGCGGACGUCUUCAAGGCACGCGAUUUGGCCACGUACGGUGAAAAGUACUGGAAGAACGUGGAGUCGGCCAGAAACUUCUUCAUCGACGAGAUUGAAUCGCUCUUCCCUGGCAUCAACUUGACGGAGAAAAAGUUGAACAUUUCCAAGGAUGACCUGGACCUGUUCAUUGUGCACGCCUUCACGCAGGUGGUCGCCCACCAGAAAGAACUGCAAAAGCUGCAGAUCGAGGGUGAUCAGCAGUUGAAGCGAGCCCUGGAGGCCGUUCGAGGAAGCGACCAGAGCGAAGCCGUCAAGUCACAGCUGGAGUACGAGAUUGCCAAGGAGCGCCGCGAGCUGAACUUGAAGAACCAACGAAAGCUUCUAGCGAUCCGCGCCGAGCUGGAGCGCGAUCUGCGCAACCAGAUGAAGCGCCAGUCGGAAGCGCACACGGACCACCUGACCGACGCGCUGGCCCAGAAGGAAGUCGAGAUGAAGCGCAAGUUCCAGCGCGAGUUGGACGAGAAGAUCACCACCGAACAGGCCGCGUACAAGCUGCAGCUGGCGGCGAUGUUGGGCAAGCUGAAGGGCAUGGAUGCCGCACUGAAAGAGAUCGACGACGGCAUGAAAGAGCGCGCCGAUGCCGAGAAGAGUGCCCACCAGGCCCAAGCCCUGUGGGGAGCCUGCCAGUCGCUGUGGGCGUCGAUCCGUAGCGGUCAGCCGGGCAAGUCCUGGCGCGAACAGCUGCGACCGCUCCGGGACGAAAUUAGCGCCGUUGGCCGGGCGGCCGAAGGUGACGAACUGGUCGGAGUGGUGCUGAAGGGCCUCCCUGAGCAGGCCAAGGGUCGCGGUGUCUACCCGGAGGAUGCCCUGCGUGAACGGUUCAUCAAGGUGGAGGAGGUGGCCCGUAGGCUGGCGUUGAUUCCGGCCGAAGGUGCUCGCCUGCCGAUGUACUUCCUGUCGUAUCUGCAGGCCGCCCUGAUCGCCCGCCCCGAUGUGCCCAUUUCGAAGGACGAGCUGGAGAACAAACCGUUCGAUUUCGCCAAACUGGACACGUACGACAUCCUGAACCGCGCCCGCUACUGGCUGGAUCGGGGUGACCUCGUCAAGACCGUUCAGUACGUGAACCUGCUCCAGGGUGCACCCCGAAAGGCGGCGCUGGACUGGCUGAAUGAGGCCCGUCUGCUGCUCGAGACCCAGCAGGCUGCCAGCACGCUCAUGGCACACGCCGCCUCGAGUGGAGUUCGUUUCCUGUAAGACCCAACCAGCCAGCAGCGUCUGUUGUUUUGUGUUUACGUGUCCCAUUUAAUUCCACCCAACGACUCCAGCUGUAAGAUUCAAAAGUUCUAGAAGAUGCGGGAACCGCGACUUGUGCGAGCGACGACAGUGGUUAUUAAUUUUUAAAAAGUUUAACGACAUUUAGCUGAAAAUCCCAUUCUAGUAGCGAAGAAGAGAAUGCACCGGAAACAUUUUCAAGUAUUGCGCCGAAACUAAUAAAAAAUGAAGAUUGUGCUGGAAAGGAAAAUUAGCUAACCUGGUGGUGCUUAUGUUAGGAUUGAGCAAUCGGAACAGACAAGUGAAAGUGAAUGGUAAUGGCAUUGGCAAAGUUUGCGGGAGCGGAGAGGUUGGACAUUUUGUUCAAAAUUCAAACAAGUACUCUGUAAGGCACAUUAAUUUAAUAAACAAACAUAAAUCCA